AUGGAUGAAGAGUAUGAUGUGAUUUUGUUAGGCACAGGUCUAAAGGAAUGUGUUUUGGCCGGUUUACUUGGCGUUGCCGGCAAGAAGAUUUUACAUAUGGAUCGCAAUAAAUAUUAUGGUGGAGAAUCAGCAUCAAUGACACCAUUAGAAGAUCUUUAUUCGAAAUUCAAUUUGCCAGCGCCACCAUCAGAUACAGGUCGCGGUCGAGAUUGGAAUGUAGAUCUCAUUCCAAAAUUUCUCAUGGCUAAUGGUCUUCUAGUAAAAUUAUUAAUUCAUACGGGUGUAACACGUUAUCUGGAAUUUAAAUGUAUCGAAGGUAGUUAUGUAUACAAGGGGCAAAAGAUUCAUAAAGUACCAGCUGAUGAGCGCGAAGCACUUGCAUCUUCACUGAUGGGCUUGUUCGAGAAACGCCGUUUUCGUAAUUUACUUGUCUGGAUAAAUGAGUAUGAUGAAAAUGAUCCAAAAACAUACAAAGAUGUGCCACCAAAGACUCGUAUGAUUGAUGCAUUUAAAAAAUUCGGCCUUGACCAAGACACAAUCGAUUUUACUGGUCAUGCAUUAGCACUUUACAGUGAUGAUGAUUAUUUGGAAAAACCUGCCAUUGAAUCAAUUAAGCGCAUUAAACUAUACAGCGAAUCAUUGGCACGUUAUGGUAAAUCGCCUUACCUUUAUCCACUCUAUGGUCUCGGUGAAUUGCCACAAGGCUUCGCACGUUUGAGUGCUAUCUACGGUGGAACAUACAUGUUAGACAAGCCAGCUGAUGAAAUAGUUUAUGAAAAUGGUGUUGUCGUUGGUGUUCGUUCAGGUGACCAAACAGCACGUUGUAAAACUGUCAUCUGCGAUCCAUCAUAUGCCCAGGAUAAAGUUAAAAAAGUCGGUCAAGUUAUUCGAGCCAUUUGUCUUCUCCGACAUCCAGUCAAUGUUGGUUCGAAUCCAACACCUGGUUCCAUCCAGAUCAUCAUUCCGCAAAAACAAGUUCAGCGUCAUAAUGAUAUUUAUGUUUGUUGUAUGGGUCAAACCAAUAUGGUUACACCAAAAGACUGGUAUGUUGCUUUGGUUAGUACAACAGUUGAAACCAACAACCCGGAAAAUGAAAUUAAACCUGGUUUGGCACUUCUUGAGCCGAUCUAUCAAAAAUUUGUUACGGUCAGUGAUUUAUACGAACCAGUCGAUGAUGGUAUUAAAAGUCGAUUAUUUAUUACAAGUUCAUAUGAUGCAACAACACAUUUUGAAUCAACUUGCCUUGAUAUUCUUGAUGUCUACCGUCGCUAUAUGGGUGAACCAUUUGAUUUCUCCAAAAUCACACGUGGCUUAGAUGCUGACGAAAGUCAAGAAGGUCAAUAG